AGUUACUUCCCCUUACCUUCGAUUGUUUAGCAUAACAUUUCGUCCAUCGCCAGCCUCGGCAGAAAGACAGCCAUGGCGAAGUGGAUAACAUUGUGCUUUCUCGUAAUCUGCGUGGCAGUUAUCUUCUUAACCUUUGUUGACGAUGCAGAUGCAGCCAGGGGACGGUUUAGUUCCCGCACCCGUUACAGCGGCGCCCGUUACGGCACUAGAGUGAGAGUGAGGAACAGGAUUGGCACCAGGUACGGUCGAGUCAGGUACGGCACCGCCAGGUACGGCAGUGUCCGCGUCCGUCAGCGCAUCCGCUACCGAGGGAGUUCCAGGAUGUACAAAGGCUCGUAUGGGCUGACCAGAUCAACGUGGAAGAAUGCCUUCCUGCUGGGGACCAUCUAUCAUGGCCCAUGGUACCUCCGUUCACGACGCUAUCACUCUCACCCCACCAGGAUGCCGACCAUAUGUCGCAACAACUACGAGACGGAUGACAACAACACCGUGUACAACCUCUUCUACUGUCCACGCUUCUUCGAACCUGAUGACUUCGACUACUGCUGUGGCCCUGAACUCCGGGAAUACUGCUGCAAGUAUUUCGACAGCCCGGGACGGACGGCAGGUAUUGUGAUCGGCGUGCUGUUGCUGGUGAUCAUCGUUGGGAUCAUUGUCUACUGCGUAUGCAAGAAGAGAUCGAAUCAGGGAGGCAAAGUAUUAAGUCCUUUCUCAAAGCCGCAACCAGCAUAUGCCAUCAAGAAUGAGUAUUCCCCUGCGCCAACCAUGACGUAUGCAGCACCAGUGCAGCCUCCGCCCGCAGCAGCUGGCCCACCACCAGGAUACCCCGAUGCAGGUCAAGCUGCACCCCAGUCCGGAUAUCCCCCUGUCCCUGGCUACAUCCCCCCAUCAGGGCAGCCAGGUCCUCCAGACCAGCCACACAUGGGGUACUACCCCCCACCUCAAGAAGUAAAACCUGGCCUACCCCCGGGUGAAGUGAGUCACGGAGGUAUGCCCUACCCCGCUCAACCAGCUGGCUACCCCCCUCCAGAUGGCGGCAUGUACCCACCCCCAGGGGGAUAUGGGGGAGGUCCACCCGGCUAUGAAGCUGUGUCUACUGAAUACCCACCUCCACAGCCAGGGCCCUACCCUCCACCCACAGGCCCAGGAGGGUACCCACCACCCACAGGCCCAGGAGGGUACCCACCACCCACAGGCCCAGGGGGCUACCCACCACCCCAACCCCCAGGCUACUGAUGAGACAGACCCAAACAACUACAGAUGUUGGGAGCCGGCCUUCUGUGUAUAUUUUGAAGUUUUAUCAACAACAGACAUGAGAUUGACUGACUUAAUACUGAGUUUAAUGUGUUCCUCAGAGCUCCAGAUAAGUUUUAGCUGAUGUGGGUACUGUACUCACUGUAUUCUUUUGGAGUGGGUAUUAUGAAUGUUGAGUGGGUGUUUCAUUUUCCGUUACCCACUGCUCUCAAAUAUGUGCGUAUUUCAGUCAUUUUACUCACCUAAGU